CCCGGGCGGGCGAGGCGCGGCGCGGCGGCGGAGUUUGAGGGGAAGAUGUCGGGCGGCGAGGCCCGCGACGCCAAGAAGCUGGUGCGCUCGCCCAGCGGGCUGCGCAUGGUGCCCGAGCACCGCUCCGCACGCAGCCCCUUCGGCUUGGACGAGCCGCCCUGGGUGCCUGACAAGGAGUGCUCAAGAUGCAUGCAGUGUGACACAAAAUUUGACUUCAUAACUAGAAAGCAUCACUGCCGAAGAUGUGGGAAGUGUUUCUGUGACAAGUGCUGCAGUAAAAAAGUGCCUCUGCCUCGCAUGUGCUUCGUGGACCCCGUGCGCCAGUGUGCUGAAUGUGCCCUCGUCUCCCAGAAAGAAGCAGAGUUUUAUGACAAACAGCUUAAAGUGCUGAUGAAUGGUGCUACGUUCUUUGUAACUCUGGGAACAUCGGAUAAGUCUGAGCUCAUGGUUUGUCGACUUUCCAACAAUCAGAGGUAUCUGGUUUUGGAUGGAGACAGCCACUAUGAGAUCGAAAUCAUCCAGAUUUCAACUGUUCAGAUACUUACAGAGGGAUUGACUCCUGGAGGAGGCAACAGUCGUGCCAUAGGAAUGGUUCUGCAGUACAAGGCACCGGGGUCAGAGGAGCUAACGCAGAUGAAGUUCACAGCCGGCGAGGAGUUCAGCUGUAACAAGAAGCUCUCAGCAAGCUGGCUGGCAGCUAUGCAUAAGGCGUCCAAACUUCUGUAUGAGUCUCGGGACCAGUGAGAAGAGCAAACUGUUGGCCAGCUGGGGGCAGAGAGCACUCCCCACAGCCCCAGCCCCAGCCCCAGCCCUGCCUACCCCCUGCUGCUAACCCAGCAGCCCCUGCCGCCUUCCUUUCUCAUUCCAGUGUGGUUCAUGAUGUCAGAACUGGCAACUGCAAUGUGAGUAUGUUUUCUGAACCAUGAGUAUUGACUAUAGUGUGCAAUAUGUAUACAAUUAAUGCUUUAAACAGCCUCACCUUUUAAGACUUUGUAUAUUUUGUUAAGCCUUUAUUGGCACUUAAUAGGAAAGUGACCUGCACUACAGCUAAUGUACAGCACAACUUUUAUAGUGACAAUUACACAGACACUGUUUGCUCCGAAAAGCAAACAAAUGCAUCUGUCUCUUCUGCAGAGAAUAGCUUUUGGGUAUAGAUCUCAGGUUCUUCCCUCUAUCCAAAUGUUUCAAAUCAAUGUACAGUAAAACCUGCCUUAGGAUUUUAUAGCAAUCACUUGGGUUUUGUAAAACAUUUCAUUAUAAACUGUUUCACCAAGUGGGACUGGGAUGGACACGACCUCGGACUGGAACCUCUGGAGGAAAGAAGCUUCCAGAAUAAGGUUUAGUUUUGUAUUUUCUUUUUGGUAACCAGCUUUUGUUAAUCUGCCUGUACUGCUGUCUGAAAUUGUACACAAUUUAAUGUACAAACCUGAAUAAAUUAAUUCACUUAUUUAAAAAAAGAGGUGAUAAUGUCAUCAUCUAGAACUUCUGUAAUGGUGGGGACUGAGGCCUCUGCUGUGAGCUCUGAAACUGCAUCACAGAGUCUCAAGGGCUGGAAGGGACCUGGAGAGCUCAUCCAGUGCAACCCCCCUGCCAGAGCAGGAGCACCUAGAGCAGGGCACACAGGAACUCAUCCAGGUGGGUUUGAACGUCUCCAGAGAAGGAGACUCCACAGCCCAUCUGGGCAGCCCCUGCCAGUGCUCCCUCACCUCAACACUGAAGUUUUUCCUUGUGUUGCUUUGAACCUCUGCUGUUCCAGCUUGUCUCCGUUGCCCCUUGUGCUGUCAGUGGAACUUUUGACUUUAUAACAGCACCCUCCUUUGAGUUCUAGGUAUUGGUAAUUGAUUCAACUGUUGGGAUGCAGCCUCUGGCCAGAGGUGCUGUGCAAGGGUCUUUCUGCCUGCUGUCCUCCUAUGCUGGGUAACACCUGGGUAAGCAAGCAGACAGGGCUCAGUGGUCAGCUUGGGGGGUGAAGGACCCCUGAGAGCUUGUCUAGACAAGUGUUACAUUUGUCACAGAUACUGGUGUAAAGGGUUGCAAAAUGGUUUGGCAAGUCAUUUUCUGUGCAGCUGGUGAACGAAUGAGGAAGCUUGAGUGGAAAGACAGAACACAGCAGGCUCAAAUGAAUCACCCUCCUCUGCAGCAGAUGACUGAAGGCACAUCAGCUGGGGCUACCUCUAUGAAAACAGUGGUGACUACAGCCAUGCCUUAGCAGUACUUUAUUGUGCACAUGUACAUGUUCUCUGACUCCGUGGAUCAUAGGCUCUGAAAUCAUCACAGUCAUGGAGCAAAUUCUUCAACAAUAAUACCCUUCCAACUUUUCACCACGAUAUAUACAGUUAAUGCUAACCUGUGGUAAAAGCAAGUUACAGCACUGCAGAAAUGAAGAGAGAAAUUAUACACAGAACUUGUACAGGAAGAAUUGAUCAAGUUGCAUACUGGUAGAUGGGAGAUAAUGACAAGAAAUGUGGGCUAAAACUCGGAAAGGGCAAUUCAAAAUAUACUUUUGGU